CGGUUGUCCAAGCACUACACUGCCUACAGGAUUGGUGCAAUGUUAUGUGUUUGUGGGGUGUGAGAAAUCAGUGGGCAUCAUGUGUUUAUCAAAUGUUGUUUCGAAAUUGUUCGAACUGCAACGAGCUUCCACCUUCAGUGCCGGGUAUUGCAUCCUUUCUAGCAUUUCUGACUGUGCAGUAAGGACCCUAUGCAUAUUUUACAGCGAACGGGCUCCCCAGUUGCAGGGAAGACGGCCAUAAUAACGCCAAGGAUAGCGUCAGAGGAAUGUUAAACAUAGUGAUUUUUUAUUUUUAUUUUAAAAUUCACGUGUUGUAUGCAACGACACUUGUCAGAUGUUAGCUAUUGAGAAUGCACAGUGAUACAGAUGAAAAUUUGUUGGUGUUGUCUUGCACACCACACCAUUAAGAAAGGGCAUGUACCUGCAGCUUUGUGACGUAAAUGAAGAGGCUAUUGUUCACACAUGUAUAUUUCAGGAAGACGUGACCAGGAAAUGCAGCAGGUAGAGUCGGUGGCUCAUAGCAGUACGGAUGCAAAUAGCAGCCAGCAAGAUGUGAUUGAACCACCCCCUAGGGAGGAACCUCAUCUGGAGCCAGUUAAUGGUGUAGUUCAGCCUCCCUUUUACCCACAUCCAGACCGUCCAGGCCGUGUUACCAAUCAACUUCAAUUUCUUUUGAAAGCAGUGCUCAAGACAGUAUGGAAACAUCAAUUUGCAUGGCCAUUUUAUCAACCGGUGGAUGCUAAGAAGCUCAAUUUACCUGACUACCAUAAAAUAAUAAAGCAGCCAAUGGACUUGGGGACAAUAAAGAAACGUCUUGAGCAUAACUAUUAUUGGAGUGGAAGAGAAUGUAUUCAAGAUUUCAAUACUAUGUUUACAAAUUGUUAUGUCUAUAACAAACCUGGUGAAGAUGUUGUGGUCAUGGCCCAGACCCUUGAAAAGCUCUUCCUUACAAAAGUUGCAGCUCUGCCUAAAGAGGAAGUAGAGCUGGAUCCACCUACAGCAAAAGGAACAAAAGGGAAGAAAGCUCGUGGCAGCUCUUCAGGAGCUGUUCUAAGAGGUCGCCCGUCUUCAAGCAGUAGCAACAGUGGUGGACCAACAGUUAGCUCUAGUGUAUCAGCAGUUUCCUCCUCACCCAAAGCUCCUGCACAAUCAACAGUACAGACAUCACCUGUUGCCAGUUCCACAGGAUCUGUCCACCUUCCCCUUGGCACACAACCUCCUCUCCCUGUACCAGGAAGCACGGCUACUACUACUGUGCCAGCUAGCAGUAAUCUGCCACAUGGGACCCACAAUUCAUUGCCCAAGCAGGUGACAGCUCCUGCUGGUGCAUACCAUGGUCAGUCAGCAGUCGUCACAUCGUUGGAUGUUCAGCCUCAGAGUACUGGCCAGACUGAGAAUCAGCCGUCAGCUGUUAUUCCUCCUUCACAACCUGCAAAGAUGAAGAAGGGUGUGAAAAGAAAGGCAGAUACAACAACACCAUCAUCAGAUUCCUUUGAGCCCCUUUACAAUUCAAUUGAUUCUAAGUCUGCCAAAGUUGCUACACGGAGAGAAUCUGGAAGGACAAUCAGGAAGGUUGUGAAAGAUUUGCCAGUUUACCAGCAGCCUCAACGACAAGAUGAUGGUGUUCCCUUUAGUCAAGCUACGGUCCCUCAUUCAGCUACUGGGAUAACAUCACAGGUAAAGCUGAAGGAUAAAUUAAAUGAAUCUCUGAAGGCUUGCAAUGAGAUAUUGAAGGAGCUCUUUUCAAAGAAGCAUUCGGGUUAUGCAUGGCCAUUUUACAAGCCUGUUGAUGCUGAAUUACUGGGUCUCCAUGAUUACCAUGACAUAAUCAAGAAACCAAUGGAUCUUGGGACUGUAAAGCAAAAAAUGGAUAAUCGGGAAUACAAAACUGCUGCAGAAUUUGCUGCUGAUGUAAGAUUAAUAUUCACAAAUUGUUACAAGUACAAUCCUCCUGAUCACGAUGUUGUAACAAUGGCAAAAAAGCUGCAAGAUGUGUUUGAAAUGAGAUAUGCAAAAAUACCAGAAGAACCAGUUUCUGGGAGCAAGAAUGAAAAGAUGUCUGUGACCACUUCAGGAAGUGAAUCAAGCAGUGGAUCAUCAUCCGAUUCAGACGAUUCUGAUGCCGAGCGUGUUCGCAAGCUAGCACUCCUUCAGGAACAGCUGAAAGCAAUGCAAGACCAAAUGCGCAAGCUUGUUGAAGAAAGUUCCAUGAAGCGCAAUAAGAAAAAGAAGGAUGACAAAGACCGGAGAAAAAAAAAGAAGUCUGAAAAACAUGGAUCUUCAUUGAAGGAUGCAAGGACAGUAUCUGCAAGUGAUGCUGUAAGUGCUGGUGCUAAUGUUUCUGUGUUAGGAACCGGUGAUAGACUUGGAGCAGAGUUGCCUCAUAGUGUAACCAGAAGUGGGUUUAGUGCAAACUCUGGUGUGAUGAUUGGUGCACCUACCUCAUCUAAGGCAAAUAAAAAAAGUUCUCGUGGGAUGGGAAAGUCAGGUAGUCAGAAGCGGCCUAAAACUAGCUCACGUUCAGGAGGAAGCAAGAAGAAAGGAAGUAGCAGUAUGCCGCCACCAAACUUGGGUUUUGACUCGGAGGAUGAAGAUAAUGCCAAACCAAUGUCAUAUGAUGAGAAACGACAGCUGAGCCUUGAUAUAAAUAAGUUGCCAGGUGACAAAUUGGGAAGAGUCGUUCAUAUUAUCCAGUCCCGUGAGCCAUCUUUGCGUGAUUCCAAUCCUGAUGAGAUAGAAAUUGACUUUGAAACCCUAAAACCAUCAACCCUGCGUGAGCUGGAAUCAUAUGUUGCCUCUUGUCUGAGAAAAAAGCCACGUAAGCCAUACUAUAAAAAGCUUUCUGGAAAAUCUAAAGAUGAGCAAAUGGCUGAAAAGCAACAAGAACUGGAGAAAAGAUUGCAGCAUGUGUCUGGUCAGUUAGGCUCAGCAAAGAAGCAUGCAAGAAAAGAUGAGAGCAGAUCAAUUGAUGGUGCUGGUGGACCAGCACAUCUUUCAGCCUCCACUUCAAGCAGUUCAGACACAGACUCUAGCACCUCAAGUCUUUCUAGUAGCUCGACUGACACUAGUGAUUCAGAAGCAGGUUAGGUGAUAUUAGAAACUGUACAAAUCGACUUUUUGAAGGAAAGAAAAGAAGAAAAAAAAUAUGAUGUGGGUCAUUCCAUCAGCCUCUUGUCUUUGGCUUUUAUUUGUUUUAAUACAUUUCAGUAUCAGUCUCGUUUUAACACUGUUACUAUUUGUAACAGCUAUUCUCAUUUUCCAGUGACGGUGUAGUUUUUAUAAUCUCAUGAAGCAGUAUUGUUGCAAUUAAGUAUUGAUGUGAAAAUGACUUUGGCGUAAAUAUUUAUUUUUUAUGCUCAAUAAUUUCUUAAACAGAAACAAAGACAUUGUAUUAUCAAGGAGUACAUGUAUCAGGUGUCCGCAAUUAUUUUUUAUGAUUUGUAUGAAUCUUAACAAAUGUGGAUUAUAGUGUCUCUUUAAGUGAACUUAAGAUGUUACUUCUUAUGUAUAUAAGUAAAUGUAAGAUAAGAGCUAGUGUGACUCCUAUGGCGUAGUGUGAACUAGCCAUAAUGCUUCAUGCAGAUUCGAGUGAGAGGAAGAGCAACUUCAAAAUUAAUGUACUAUGAGUUUUAUAGUUUUUGUUGUCAAAAGUAAACCUAUUUGUUAUCAUUAUUUUGCAUAUUUUAAGACAGUUGUUAUAUUACUAACUGUGUAAUCAAAUGUUUGUUUUGUGACAAUCUGUGUGAUUCAAACUCAACUUCUUCAAUCCAUUUGGAUAGUUCCUGUCCUUGCACAGGAAAGGCUCAAACUGUUCAUUGACAUCGUUGACUGUUUCGUAAAGUAACUGCAGAACACAUACAUUUCAUUUUAGCUUUCAUAAUUGCUGUUUGACAGUGUUUUCUGAUUGUUAUUUAUGAUGGGAAAUAUUUUUUUAUUAAUAUUUUGUCAUCAAUUCCCCUCCUUCCCCAUCCCCGUGCCGCCAUAACCCCCCACCCCUCAUUUUUAUGCCUCGUUACGUAUCAUUUACACUUAUUUUUCUGUUGAUUUUAGUCAGUAUCUUUCGUGACUCGUCUGCGUGAGAGUGGUUCUACAUGAAAGCUUAGUUUUUACCAUGUGAAAUAAUAGUGAAUAAUAAAUUAGUGUUUUUGUGUGCAAGACUCUCAGUUGUAUGAUUUUUGAUGACUUCGUGUGGAAUGACCCAUAUAUUUUAACCAAUGCAAUAAUAGAUAGGACAUAAAGUGACUAUUAGCACUAUGCUGAUGAACACCAUUUUGUCAGUUUUUGCUGCAAACUUUUCUUCCAUAAGGAUGCAGUACCCAUUGAAUCACAUUUUUAAUGCUUGUAGAUAGUUUGCAGAAAAAACAGUCAGUAUUAUUUGUAUACACACAGAAUUGUAGACUGUUUUUAAUCUGAACUUUUUUAAAGAUUUGUUACAAAUCGGGAAUCGGGAAUUUCUGCUGUACUCAUUUCUGUUUUUUUUGUCAAAGAGCCAUAUUUUCAUCUGGAGAAUUUGUUUGAUAACUGAGAUCAUUGCAUUUAACAUAGCAGCAUAAAGUCUUUUUUGGAACAUUAUUUUGGUACAGGAAAAUUGCUGCAAUGUGAGAGUUUCUUAUCUGAACACUUGUGUGUGUUAUCAUUGUCUGUUCCAUAGCAUUGUUCAGAUUCAGAUGGAACAUUGGUGAUACCAAGCAUUUGAUAUAACAUGUUCAAUACAUAUUUUACUCAUUUUUGUACUCGUGUCUUUUGUGAUAAUGAAAUAUUCUUCUUAUGUAAGUUCACAUACUGUGAUAUCUUCUGUAGAAUUGCACACACUGCAGCUUUUCCCAAAUUUUUACUGGUUCUGAUGGCACAGGUUAUUUCCCAUUUUUCAUUAUAGCCCUUCUCUACCAGACACUGUAUUUAUGACAUUCCAUUUCAUCGUCAGUAUUUAGGGUUUGUUAGCCAGUAGUUGUUUCACAGUCUAUGAUUAUUAUUAUUAUUAUUAUUAUUAUUAUUAUUAUUAGUGAUUCUCAACAAAAAAGGGAACACCAGUAAUGUCUGAUGUAUCUAUGUCUUUUUGAAAUUACUGUUUAAUUAAAUAUUUGUACCUGAAUGAAGAAGAUCUAUGCAUUUGCCAUGUUUUGAAUAAAAGAACUGCCGCACUUCCUCAGUUUUGUGGGUAACUGAAAUAGGAAUACCUCUUUUUAUUCCCGUGGAAGAGCUGAUACAUGGUAUUCCUCUCAAAGAAUGUAUUUUUUUUUCAUUAUUUUGGCAUGCAAGCUAUCAUAAAAUUGUUCUAAAUGUCUUCAGAACUUAAUAACCAAAACUUUGAUAUAACCUUGUUUUAAUGAAGACAAAAUGUUUACAUUGCGAGAUAAUUUGGCAGUGAAUGUGUAAUAGUUCUAUUUUUGUCCCUCAAACUUUCGUAACUGCUUGCAGUUCAGAUUUGUGUCCCUCAUAAAACAUUUAAAAUGUGAUACUGCAUCAUCCUAUAACGUAUAAAGGAACCAGCACUCAAAACCUCAAAGAUUUUGUGUUCAGUAUGCUACAUAAAAGUAAAAAUAGUUGUGAGUGGCUAUGGCACAUGUGACUGUAAUUUUCAACACAGUAGCUUUAUAUGUUCUCUCACUGCUUCCUUAUGGACAUUUUUUUACUGCCAAAUACUAUUGAUCAGUAUAUGUGCUACUGGUUGCUGCAGCUUCACAUUCACUUCCGGGAAGUGCUUGUGAUAAUAGUGAGAUUAGUAUUUUCAAUUAUUGUUGAUGCAGGAUCAAAUUUCAGGGAACAUUAGUGUUAUUUCUAUCGUAUUUAUUUUUAAUUUUCAUUUAGUGUGCUUUUGGUUAAUCAGUUGCUGUGCAUUUUAUACAGUUAUCUGUAUUUUAUUCAAUAGUCAAUAUGAAUAGCUUGAUGAGUGUUGUGACAGUUGAAUCAGUAAUUAUUUGAGUAGUUUGUACAUAUUGAUCAUCUAUUUCAUGGAGUUCAUCUCAGGCAAUUUCAUAUAAUAAAAGCACCAUGUAAAUGGUUAUAUGUAAUAACCAGCAACUUGUGUGAUACGUUUUGUCUGUUGCACUGAUAUCUUUAGAUGAUAAACAUACUUUAUUAUUUGAGGGUUGUGAAUAAAUGUCUCUGUGAAUUAUUUUUUUAUGUGAGUAAUAUCCAGCAAAGCAGGACAGCAGAUCAAAUGCUCAGUGUUUAGAGACCUAUUGAAGACUAAGAAAGUGAAGUGUAUGAACCACAUUUAAACAAUAAAAAAAAAAAGAAAACAACGAUAAGCAAUAGGUACCUGCUAAGCAUGUCAUCAUGACUCGUAGCAAGGUACAUUUGAAUGGCUGUGAAUGUAAUAGUGCACUCAUAAUUGAAGCUACGUCUUCGAAGUUUGGUGUUGCUGGAUUUUGAAUUCUUAUUUUUGCAACACUAAAAAUAUAGGUGUAAUAUGCAAUGAGUGUAAACUUCAUUUGUGAUUACCAUAAAUUUACAGUUUACUUUUUAGAUGUUUAUAGAAAUAUUUGUACAUUUCAUUUCUUGUAAACAUUUUACUAAGAUUUGUAUAUUAUUCUUUAAUCCAUGGAAAUAAUUGUGCAGUUCAUUUGCUUUGUAUGUGGAUGAGUGUGUGAACACAUGCCUUUGUACUUGUUCAUCUACAUGUUGUAAAUAAGACACCUGUAUUUUCCCAGUUGAUUUCCCCUGCCAGUGUAGCAUCAGCUAUACAACCUGUGCACACGUAAUCUUUUUAACAUAGUUCAUGCUCUUUUUUUCUUUUUUUGCUUAUACAUUUAACAACUAGCUGAUGGGUGUUUUACAAAAGAUGUGUUCGCCCAUAAGAAUACAUGUUCUUAUAAAGUGGCAGCCAUGGAAUACUACAUUUGUGGCAGAUCUAGCUACUGAAGAUUUAUUAUAGUUUGUCUUGUCAACUUCGGUGUUUUUCAUUGCAAAUCUGUAAUAAGAGUGUGUAAACACAUGCACACUCCUUCCAAAAAUACCAGUACAGCCAAAAGCACCAUGAAUAAGCUCCUGCUGUUUCUCAUAUUUUCAAGACCAUAGCUUAUUUUCAUAGAACACACACACACACACACACACACACACAAAAGGAGUAAUUUUUUGGGGGGAGGAGGAGAGACAGUAGAAAAUGUCUGUCAGAAGUUGGAGAGUACAAAGUAAAUGUGAAAGGCAGAGGAACCCAAGCAACUAAUUUAUGAAAACGUGUAAAACGGGCAAUAUAUUGCUACAUCAGAUUUGAAAGCUUUGUUGCCUUACAGUAUCUUUAGAAUGGGGUUAGCACAGCAUCUGUCUUGCAAUACCUUUCUCCACUUCACAUUUAAGUCUCAUUUAAAAACACCAAAUAUAGCUCAUUAUUUGAUAUAAAUAUUUUUGUAGCUGAAAACGUGCUCAUUCUUCCCAGUUUGGAAAUUAUUUCUUUAUUUUGACUAUAAUCUGUAGGUUCCUUUUUUUUUACCUAAGUGGUUACAUUAUUAUUAUUUAUCAUUUGUCUCAUGGCAGCAAUAUGAUACAAUUUUUUCCCACUAUUGGUGCUUUUGUGGCAGAGAAAAGUGCCUUGCUCUUCAGGUUGAUGAUGUGUUCAUGGAAAGCAAAACAAAUUAUAAUGGUGCUCUCAUAUCAAAAUCAUUUACGGCUGUUUAUUCAUAACUUUGUUUUGUCUGUGUUGAAGACAGGGGUGAAAUUAUCAACGUCUGUUAGGAGUCGUACUCCCUCUCUCAUGUUAAGAAGUCCCCCCCCCUCCCCCCCCCCCCCCCCUGUAAAAAGUUAUACCAUCAAUUGCUUUGCAAUUUGUGCUGGUGAUACAUCAUUUGUAGUCCUGUACUCUGAGAUAACUAUAAACUAUUUUGGUUAGUCUGUCUUCUGAAAUUCACUUCUUAGACUACAUUCGUCAUGCCUAAAAAAUGUAGAAAGAACGGGAUGUAACUACUGUAAUGUGAUGUUAGGCUUCAUUGAGUGGAGAAUAGCAGUGCAGAACAUGGUGGCAUUGUCCUGUAUUUUGUUAAAAAUCUGCCUCCCUAGAACCUUUCCAGUGAAUUAUCCAUCCUGCUCACAGUACUCCCAGUCCUGUCCCCAAGAUUAUACUUUUCAAUAACUGCAGUUUGCAAAUAACCAGUCACUGCUUUAUGAUCAGAUUUGUCCCUUUUAUUUUCAUUGUAUAUUUUACAUUUGUCCUACUACUACUUCUUUAUGUAAGUCUUAGUGUGUCAUUUUCUUUGCUUUUAAGUUAAUGUAUUAAUGAUUUUCUUAAGGUAGGGUAGUCUAAUAAGACGAUCCUGUACAGGUGAUUUAUGAUGAUAAAAGGAUCUCCCGGGAACUGUGCAGAAAAUGUGGCACACAGUGUUACAUAUUUUAAGAGGCAUUCCAUGUGCAGAUGGUUACAGUCUUUGAAAUACGGCAUGGAUUUACUGUUUUCUCAAAUUUCUUCAUUUUAAAGCUAUGUGAAAACGCCAAGGUUGCAGUGGACAAUCAGCUGUUCAAACAGCAAAUUUUUUGUGCUCUACUAUGAAGAGGAAGGGGGUUGUGAAAUGUUUACAAUAAGCAAAUGACUUAAAAACAGGUCUUAUUUAUGUGUGGGACACUAAAACAUAUUGAACUCCAAUGAGAGUUUGUUGUUAUCUUGCUAAUGUGAAGUCAUGAUGGCGGUUACCUAACUGCAGUGAUUUUUGUAUUGGUCUCUGUUUAUUUGGAAGAAUAUAUUAAAGAGAAAAGAAAU